AAGUGUUUGUUGUGUAGACUGUAAAUACGAUACAAUUAUUAUACGAUAAGAGAGAGGGAGAGGGAGAUUUGGUUUCAUCUUUCUUGCUGCAGGACAGGACCAAUACACACAGAGAGAUUGAAAGAAGAAGAUAUAUCACCAUCAUCAUCAUCAUCGAUUCAUAAUGUUGUUUCAGGUAGGAGGGCAAGGGAGUCGCCCCACCUUCUUUGAAAUGGCAGCUGCUCAACAGCUUCCUUCUAGUCUCCGUGCUGCUCUCACCUACUCCCUUGGUGUGCUGGCUUUGAGAAGACCCUUACUUCAUAAGGUUUUAGACUACGAAGAUGAGUUCUUUGCACUUCUCACUCUUGUUCUUGAAACCCAUAGUCUUCGAAAUACAGAUGCUUGUUUUUCAGAGUCUUUAUAUGGCUUGCGAAGGAGAGCAGUUAAUAUGAAAUUGAAGAAUAAAGUUAACUCAGAAGCAGGCGAGAGGAUCCAUCAGUCAAGUUUGGAAAAGCAUCAAAAAGUUCUUUCAGUUGCAUUUCUGGUUGUGCUACCAUACUUCAAGUCAAAGUUGUACACAAUCUAUAACAAAGAAAGGGAAGCUGCACUACAAGCAACUUUAUGGGGUCAUGUUGGUGACAGAUUGAAUGAAAAUGACUAUACCGGUGGAGAUGAUCAUUCGUCUGCUUCAAGCAAUGCUUCAGAUGUGGAAGGAUCAGCUAGAGCAACUAUGGCAAAGAGAAUUAAGAAGAUUAUCGGUGUCUGUUAUCCAUGGAUACAUGCUGGAAACGAAGGACUAGCUUUUGCGUAUCAGCUAUUAUAUCUUUUGGAUGCAACUGGGUUUUAUUCUCCAGGAUUACAUGCACUUGGGGUUCAUGUUUGUCGAGCUACAGGACAGGAGCUGAUGGACACUUCUUCACGAAUUUCUAGGAUAAGAAGCCGUGAGCGAGAAAGACUUCGUGGUCCUCCGUGGUUGAAGACUUUACAAGGAACAUUACUCAGUUGCUCAUAUGCAGUCCUAGAUUAUGCCCAAACUGGUUUAAUUGCUGCUGUAUUCUUCUUUAAAAUGAUGGAGUGGUGGUAUCAAUCUGCUGAGGAGAGAAUGUCAGCUCCCACAGUGUAUCCUCCUCCACCACCACCACCUCCCCCAAAGGUUGCCAAAGAGGGUAUUCCACUGCCAGCUGAGAAAACUAUAUGCCCUUUGUGUUCACAGAAGCGUGCAAAUCCCUCAGUUAUUUCGGUAUCGGGGUUCGUCUUUUGCUAUACUUGCGUAUUUAAGUAUGUCUCACAGUACAAACGGUGUCCUAUCACGUUAAUGCCUGCAACCGUGGAUCACAUAAGGAGGCUCUUUCAGGAUGUUUAAUAAGUCCUCUUUGCGAUAGUUUCUUCCACAAAAUCUUUACAUGAGGGCCAUCAUGAUUACCUCAAUUAAGGAGAAGAUGCAAUUGAGUGUGAUAUAUACUGAAUGCAGCCUACAAAUAAUACUGACUUGUAUGGGUUAGCUCGCAAAGAAUUAUGCUUGGCCAUCAUUUUGCCAUUGUCGAUAAAAGGAAACCCUGCCUAAUAACAUCUGAAUUGUUGUAAUGUUUAGUGGUCAGGAAUAUAAUUGUCCGCAGUGAUUAGCUGUUACUGUAUGCGACUCAAAAUUGUGUUGGCGCAACCCCAAGAAAAGAGUAUCUGAGUCUAAACUAUAUGUCAGCAGUAAUGAGAAUCACCGAUAGUUGGGGUAUAAAGACCUAGAUUAUCCGAGUCUAAACUGUGUCAGCAGUAACGAGAAUAAAAGUACUAGUUUGAAUGUAAUGCUUGAUGUUUCAUUUCUCUGUACAGAAAUUACUCUACAAAGUACAAACUCAAUUUUUUAUCA